CCACUCCCCUCGUGGAUGGGUUGUGGAGGAGUGGUGGUGGCCUCUCAAAUCGACUAUAAAUUGUCACCUCUCCGAGACUGCCGCACCCUGCACUCCCUCGUUUCAGAUUCGUGCCUCGGAGCUCAUCAGCAUGGGGCAUCUCUGGCUGUCUCCCCUCGUUGUCCUGGCCGCCCUGGCGUGUGCUAUCACUGCGCACGGCUUUCUGGAAUCGCCUGACACCGAUGUUGAGGAUUCGCUUGGAAACGUUGGUGACUUGGACCAGUGCGCAUUGUGCCAGACCACAAUGGAAGUUGCCGUGGACCUUCUGAAGAUUCGCAAGAAUGUAGUGUUCAAACAAUCGUGCAAGUCAAUGAAAAAAACGGCUGACUAUCAACCGUGUCUGAAAAUGGCCAGGGACGUGUUGAAAAAGCUAACCAGCCAACCGAGAAUCGAAAUGUGCAAGCACCUGCAGGCGUGUGCAGCGACCCAAGUGGAAGACUCGUACGACAUGAGCAUAUAACAAGCUGCUGACAUCAACCACGUGUUGGAUAAUCUUUUGUAGAAGAUGACAUUCCCCUGCUUUUUGGUUUGGCUUUAGCACGCAGGCGCAAGUACAUGCACACAGGUGGAACACACACGGCCACACAUUUACUCGCAAACAUUGGAUAUCAUCGUAUUUGUUCAUUACCCAUUGACACGCGACAAAUGGUGUCUCCUCCCAAAAUCACUUAGUUUACUGUAGGGCAUCAAUCUUAAUCCAGUGUGAAUUUUCGCAGCUCAUGCCGCCACGUGUCAUCAGCCUGUAAUGCUGCGUCAUUGCUGUAUUAGAAUUAGGGUUGCCACCUGUCCUGUCUUUUUCCCAGGAUUGGACCCUAGUUAAGGCAGCUUGUCCUCGGAGUUCUGUAAGUCUUCCUAGGACAUUAGAAGUCCCGGUGUGUGUAAUUUGGUAAAUAUACACCAUUCAAGACAGUGCAAUUUAAGUGUAUUUCUGCGCCCUUUCAAAAUGGUGAGGUAGUAUUCUCCCCACGAUAUGUCCCGAGUUUUUUUUUGUACCACAGAGGUGGCAACCCAGUCAAUGCUGGAUCGAAAUCUUGUUGAGCAGCCCAAAGUGCAUGUUUGUGCACCGGAAUGCAGGCAAUGUGAGCCCAGUACUAACGUCAAGCAUUUAUUCACAUGUGUUUUUUUUGGAAAAUGUUUUAAACAGCUAGUCUGGUAAAUGUAUACGAGUGUGUGUGUAUACUACUGGAAUAGCAAUAUAAGCCAAGGUUUCUAUUCAUAGCAGCUAUUGGUCAGUCUGUAAUCUGAGUCCAUGAUGCCUUUCAAGAAAUGUUCUACAGCGACAUAAAUAUUACAUAAAAUGAGCACAACUCUGGGAGAAAUGACUACCACAGUGAUCAGGGUGUUCCAGUGUGGGAAGUACCCACACGUGCGUGGUUAUUAUCUAUUAAUACUUGAAGAUAACCCACACGUGUGGCAUAAGAACACCUGGACACUCCAAGCGAGUCUAAAACAUGCCGACAUACUGUGCCAAGCUGUGCUGCUUUCUGGAAUGCGCCCGCCAAUUGGCUGAUAGUACACUGCAGGAUGCGACUGGAUUUCGUCAUUCAUUGGCUGUUAAUACCGAUGUGUACGUAACACAGCCAGCACCACAUCGUUACUCUUGUGCAGCGCAUUAUUUCAGUCCGGAAUGCUGUUCUGGGAAUUAUUUUGACACAACACACUCCAUCUCGCCUUAUUUUCUACAAAUCCACCUUAACAGGGUUAUAGGAAUAUAACAAUAUCGUUUUAUGACGUAUAGGCGGACCUUGUGUACUCUAGUGGCAGUGCCUUACACCGAUAAUCCCCACUCCAAGCCAGCCUAGCAGCAUUCCAGUAACUAUCCAGUGACAAAUGAAACCUUGCGCGUGUGGUUAAAUAGCGCGUUUACGCACAAAAUGUGUAAUAGGUGUAUCCAUGUAACAUGAGCAGUGGUCACAGGCACCUAAAGUCAAAUUCAACAUUCACGCGCGUUACACUAACAUAGGCCUAUACGAGCACACAGAGGACCACAUUAACACUGCUUUAGCUUAAGCGUCGCCCUUGCUUCAUACGGCAAAAUGUCAUUGAUAUUUUCAAUAAAGAAAAAUAUUGUGUCAAAAAA